AAGAAACAAAGGGGAAAAAGAAAAUCAUAAGUUAACAAAACGACACCCCUCAUCACAACUAUCAUCUGCCCACUGCCCAGUUCUUGUUCAUCCGUUCGAGACGGUUUAUGUGCAAGCUCCUUCGUAAGCAUACUGUCACUUGCAGUAAAUUUCAGAAGAAGUGGCAAUUCCCUCAGCUUUUAUCCAUCUGGGUUUGAUCUGAAACCUUCAAAAAAUUCCAGCUUUAGGUCUUUUUUUCUCCCAAUCGAGUGCUGCUAAAAAGAGCUACUAUUAUAAAAGACACUGUUUUUGGAGUAAAGAUUCAAACUUUUUGCUUCUAUGGAGGCUUACAAGAGAUGGGUUAGGAGGAAUCGUGAUUAUGUUCGCCAAUUGAGUUCUCUAGCCAGUGGAAUGACAUGGCUUCUUCCAGAGCGGUUUGCUGCAUCAGAAAUUGGGCCAGAAGCAGUCUCCUCGAUCCUUGGAAUGGUUACCACCGUAAAUGAGCAUAUUAUAGAGACAGUUCCAACCCCAGCGCAUACAAGUUCUGCAGAGACUUCUAUUCUCCCUUUGUCAUUAUGCCUUACUUUGCUGAGGGACUUGGAAACAUUGAUUGAAGUAGUAGCUGAGCAGCUCUAUGGUGAAGACAAAAAAUGGAAUUUGAUUGUUCUUACAGAGGCUGCCAAGGUGUGUGUCAGGCUGGCAGCUUUCAGAAAUACAGGAUAUAAAAUGCUUUUGCAAGGCGGGGAGACUGAAAACUUAGAACAUUCAGAUGAUUCCAGUCCACAAGAAAGCAUGGGGCAUUUAACGAAGCCCAUCCGAAAUCAAGGACCGGGUGCCAAUCACCCUCAGGGUUGGAACUCAUGGAAUCUUGAAGGUAGGGCGAUGUCCGCCUUAAGUAACUUCGGUCAGAAUGCUAGGACGGUUUCUGAGCCAACUUGGUUGCGCAGGGUUCAACAGCAGCAAGCAAUUCUGGAACCACCAACUAAGGUGAUCACAAAGCCCAGUCUGUCAACCUUCUUAUCUGAGAAAGGUACUCGUGGAGGGUUAUUUGUGACCGGGGAGAUUAUGUUCAUCCUAAGACCUCUUAUUUAUGUCUUCCUGGUAAGGAAAUAUGGAACACGAUCGUGGUUUCCUUGGUUCAUCUCUUUGGCUGUGGAUCUCAUGGGGAACAGCAUUCUCUCGGUCAUAACAAUGUCCCAGGAUAGCAGGAAAGA